GUGAUCAAGAUCCUCUGGUGUACAUCUUCAGGGCAGCUUCCAAGACUUACUGUGUCCAGUCAGGGAGUCAGGGGCUGGAGCUCCUUGGUCAGCCAGGAUCAUCAGUUGCUCCAGAGCCAUCUGGAAUACUGCCAGAACACUUAACCUAUCCAGACAUGGACGGAGGCACGGAGUUCGCGGAGUAUGAGAAUGCAGAGGCAGUGGAUGCAGUCUCCUCGCCAUUCGAGCUACUGGAGCCCCCUACUUCUGGAGGCUUUCUGAAGCUGUCUAAGCCGUGCUGCUACAUCUUCCCAGGUGGAAGGGGGGACUCUGCCCUGUUUGCUGUGAAUGGAUUCAACAUCCUGGUGGAUGGCGGGUCCGACCGGAAGUCCUGCUUCUGGAAGCUUGUUCGUCACCUGGACCGGAUUGACUCCGUUCUGAUCACCCACAUCGGGGCGGACAACCUCCCGGGCAUCAACGGGUUGCUCCAGAGGAAGAUCGCCGAACAGGAAGAGGAGCGUCAACAGGGAUCCGACUCCGAUGGGGACUGGAUGAAGAACCUGAUCUCUCCCGAGCUCGGGGUGGUGUUUUACAAUGUUCCAGAGAAGCUGAGGAUGCUUGAGUCCACAGUGAAGGUAAAGCGCAGCAUUGAGGAGGCCUCUCUUACGUUGCAGUACCUCAACACGCUCGGCAUCAAGCCGGAACCACUCUUCAGGGUCGUCAGCAACACUAUUGAACCGAUCACUCUUUUCCACAAACUUGGUGUUGGGAAACUAGACAUGUACGUUCUGAACCCUGUCAAAGAGAGCAAAGAAAUGCAGUUCCUCAUGCAGAAAUGGGCUGGGAACAGCAAGGCCAAGACUGGCAUUGUGAUGUCCAAUGGGAAAGAAGGAGAGAUCUCUGUCCCUUAUUUAACUUCAGUCACAGCCCUCAUUGUUUGGAUUCCGCACAGUCCCACAGAAAAGAUUGUGCGUGUGUUGUUCCCUGGAAAUGCAUCACAGAACAAGAUCUUUGAGGGGCUUGAGAAGCUGAAACACCUGGACUUCCUGCGAUACCCAGUGGCGACUCAGAAAGACAUAUCCUCUGGAGCACCACCGCCUAUUAUCAAACAAACUAAAAUCAGAUCAAGGACCGAUAGCAAAGAGAGUCUGAAAUCCUCCCCCAAACCACACACUAAGACCAGCAAGAAAGAAACCAGUGGACAAGAAGAGUCCAAAAAUGACCUGAGUAAAGAAAACAAAGUAGAGAAGAAAGAGGAGAAGAAAGUCAAAAGCAUUAGUACAAAAGCCACCAAGCAGCAGAAGAACAGUGAGGUAGCUCCCCAGGCAGCCAAACUGGAGAAAAAGAAAGUAGCCAAGGACAAAGUUAUCAAGAAAGAAAAGACAGCCAAGAUGGACGAAAAGAAAGACAUGGAGAAGAAAGAAGUCAAGAAAGAGAAGCGUGAAGUCAAGAAGGAAAACAUCAUGAAGAAAGAGGAUAAAAAAGACUCCAAGGUCAAGGAGGAUAAGAAGAAAGACCCGAACAAGCCAGAGCUAAGAAAAAUCACUAAACCAGACCUGAAGCCGCUUACUCCUGAAGUUCGGAAGACUUUACACAAAGCAAAGACUCAGACUAAACCCAAGACGGACAAAAAUAAAUCGGCCAAAGAGCAAAUGGAGGAGAAAAAGGCAGUCCCCAAAAAGGCCCCGGAACAAGCAGCUGCAGCUUCUAUAAACCGGUCCGUCCUUUCCUCCCCUGAGGACCUCACUGAGGACUUCAAAGCCCUUAAAAAGGACGAGAUGUCCACCCUUCGGAGUGAGCCUAUGCAAAAUGAUAUGAUGUCCCAGCGUUCGGAUUAUACAGAUGCUAAAAUCUUCACUGAUGAGAAAAUAACAUCUCCAGACACAGAGUCUACAUCCCCUCUGCCGCUCAACACAGCACAACAGGGAGAAGAAAGCAACGAUGAAGGGCCAUCGGAACCGAUCUCUGACAUAGUGAAGAAGGAAGAAAAUGUUGGGUUAGAUAGAACGCGUGAGGAGGAUAAAAUGGAAAGAUAUGAGAACUUGACAAGAUCCGACAUCAAAGACACGUCUAGGAGGAGUGACAGCUCAGAGGAGGAGAGUGAUGUUAUUGAAAAAGCAGACCUGGAGGGAACAGAAGACGAUGAGGAGUUCAAGUACAAAACAGAGGAAGCAAAGAAAGGAAAGGAAUCUGGAAAAGAGUGGAGCACCAUGCCAACUGAACAGAAACCCCUUUCGGCCAUUGCCACAGCUGGGAAAGCAACAGCAAUGUCCGCCUCAGAAACAUUUCAGUUAAUCCAAGAUGAGACCAUUCCUGGUUACUCCGAAACAGAACAGACCAUCUCUGAUGAGGAGAUUCACGAAGAAACAGAAGAUAGGAUGCCACAGCUUCAGUAUGACACGGCCUCCUAUAACAUUUCGGUCCCUGACGUCCCAGGAACGUUUGACUCCAUGCACGGCAUGAAGGAGAUAAAGACCCCCACUGUCUCUAAGGUGGAAGACGUUAAACCCAAAGGCUUCAUGGUAAGUCAUGAUCCCGUUCUUUCAGCAUUUCCCAGCAUCAUCACGGCUCCACUGGCAGAGGAAGAGCACAUCUCCUCUGCCACCUCGAUCACCGAGUACGACAAACUGUCUUCCUUCCCUACAUCCAUGGCAGAGGACCAGUCCAUAGCAUCAGUGACUGCACCUCGGACCGAGGAGACUGGGAAGAGCUCACUCCACCUGGACACCAUCAACGGCAUUCCCUCCCGCACUGAGGCAACCCAUGGGAAAGAAUAUCUACACUCAGCAGGAACUAUCUCCCCCACUUCCUCCCUGGAGGAAGACAAAUGUUUCAAAUCACCUCCCUCUGAGGAGUACCAGCCAAUUAUUCCCGAGAUGGAGGCUAUAGAUAUGAAGGCCAAACCAGUCCAAGAGGACGAAGAUGAGGAUGAAGAUGAGGAUGAGGACCAGACUCCCAAUGUUGACAUUCCUCUCGGUAAACUUCAUGAAGGCUACGAGAGGGCUGCUUCGGCGAUGCUCCAGGAGAAGGAGAAAUCCUCUUCAGCUACUAUGUUUUCACCUCCUUCCUCUGACACUGAGCCCUCUCCGACACGGCCCACUGAAGCAAAACAAGCUUCAUUUAGUGAUGAGUCAAAGAGGUGGGAUGAAAAGUCACCUUCUCCACCCUCAUCGGUGUCCACUGGUAUAGUUUCUGGCUUCAUGCAGGAGAGUGUCACGACCCAAGUAAAACCAGAUCCAUUUAGUCAAGAGUCCAUGCAGUUGGAAGAAAAUAAGUCACCUUCUCCACCCUCAUCCUUGUCUACUGGAUUUGUUUCUGGCUUCAUGCAGGAGACUGAAGCAAAACCAGAUCCAUUAAGUAAAGAGUCAAUGCAGUUGGAUGGAAAGAAGUCACCUUCAUCCCCUUCAUUAUUUUCCAAGGGGCUGGGGUCUGGCUUCAUGCAGCAGACUGUCAUGACCCAAGCAAAACCAGAUCCUUUUAGUGACGAGACACAGAGACAUGACAUUCCUCUCGGUAAACUUCAUGAAGGCUACGAGAGGGCUGCUUCGGGAAUGCUCCAGGAGAAGGAGAAAUCCUCUUCAGCUACUGUGUUUUCAUCUCCUUCCUCUGACGCUGAGCCCUCUCCGACACGGCCUACUGAAGCAAAACAAGCUUCAUUUAGUGACGAGUCAAAGAGGUGGGAUGAAAAGAAGUCACCUUCUCCACCCUCAUCAUUGUCCACUGGAUUCAUUUCUGGCUUCAUGCAGGAGGCUGUCACGCCCCAUGCAAAACCAGACCCACUCGUUAAAGAGUCCAUGCAGUAUGAUGAAAAGAAGUCACCUUCUCCUCUUUCAUCAUUGUCUACUGGAUUUGUUUCUGGCUUAGUGCAGGAGAGUUUCCCGACCAAAGCAAAACCAGAUCCAUUUAGUAAAGAGUCCAUGCAGUAUGAUGAAAAGAAGUCACCUCCUUCACCCUCAUCAUUGGCAACUGGAAUUGUUUCUGGCUUCAUGCAGGAGACUCUCGCGACGGAAGCAAAACAAGCUUCAUUUAGUGAUGAGUCAAAGAGGUGGGAUGAGAAGAAGUCACCUUCUCCACCCUCAUCAUUGUCAACUGGAUUAGUUUCUGGCUUCAUGCAGGUGAUUGCCGAGACUGAAGCAAAACAAGCUCCAUUUAGUAAAGAGUCUGCAACUUGGGAUGAAAAGAAGUCACCUUCACCGCCUUCAUCAUUUUCCACAGGGUUAGUUUCUGGCUCCAUGCAGGAAAGUUUAGAAAGAUGCCUAAGUCCAGAUGACAGCACCAUGAAACUUGCUUCUCCUACACCGUCAAUCCCCACCAGCAGUGGCUACUCUCCAACUGAGGAAAAGCCAUUUAGGAUGGAGGAAAAUGAAGCUCAAACUUUAGGCAAACUAAAUGCAGCUGAGACUUUAAGCAAGCCAAGUGCAGACAUUCCGAAAACUGACAACAGUGCCGUUGGUCUCUCCGAUGAACACUCAACAUCAGAAGGCUCUGAGGACUCUGAGGAUGAAGAGGAGGAUGAAGGUGAUUAUUAUGUCAAGAAAGACCUACAGCCUGUUGUGAAUGCAAGGCUCAUGGAGGAGAAGGAGGGGAGGUUCCUAGACGAUGACGACCUGUCUGACUCAAAGCCUCCUAUGGAGGGAAAAGAGCAAAAUGAACUCUUAGAAGAGUAUGACAUAGAAUCAAAGAACUACUCACAGGUCAAGGACUCAGAAAAAACUAAAAACAGACAAGGCAUUGAAGAACAGCCCAAACGCCAUGUGAUGUAUUCAGAUGAAGAAGACGAGGAAGAGGAUGAUGAGGAAGAUUAUGGUUUCCAAAGUGGGGGAGGAUCUAAGCCUUCAACGGCUGAUCCUAUCCAACAUAUUACUAAAGAAGAAGGCAAAGAAAAACCAGACCAAACUGAAAUCCAAGAGCAGGAGAAAAGUGUUCAUUUUAGUCUCUAUAACUGCCCUGAGAGAGAGAGCAAAGAAAAGGGGUCCGAAAGGGACAUGAGGCAAGAUACCCCCUAUGUGCAUGGCAAGACAUUUUCCUAUAGUGACAUUUAUGAUUGCAAACCAAGCACGCUUGACUCUAAACAGGGGGCUUCUGGGACAAUGGAGAGAGCCACUGUAAAAAGCAGUUUGGAUUCAAAGAAAGAAUCGGACGGCUCCCCCUGCCUGCCCACAGCCCCCCACAUAAAGCCAGAGGAAGAGGAAUAUAUCAGCUCUUACGAAAAAAAUCGCUCCACCUCAUACGGUCUUGAGGCCAAAAGCCCUGUAAAAGACGUUGAAAGAAGUAAGAAAGAAACAGAUGUAUAUGAGUAUGGCAGAGAUACCCGUUUUCCUUCUGUGGCUGAUAGGCCUGAGGCCUCUUCCACCUCCCUGUCACCAGAAAAAGAGGCACUCUCAUUCAAAGAUCACAGUGACAGUCUGGAGUCCGGUGCAUAUUCCCAAACAGCAUUUGCGUCAGAAAAAUCCUCUACCGCAAGCUACUACGAGAAGGUUGCUUCACCAACAGCGAGAGAUGAAGAGGAUUACGAUGAUGAUGAAGUUAUUGAUGAUGACGAUGAUGAUGAUGAGGAAGAAGAGGAGGAGGAAGAUGAGGAAGCUGCCAGCGAUUCAGAUAAUGAGAAAGGAGCCAAAGAAAAAUCUGAGAAGGACGUCAAAAGUCCAGUCAGCCAAAUGAUAGAGUCCAAAAGGACUGAGUUCAUGGUUUCCAUGGCUGGCUAUGGUUAUGACAGUCAGAGCAAACCAAGCACCACCGAAAGCAGUGCCUGCCCACCCUUCAAGGCUGAAGAGAAGGCCAAAGCCGUUUCCCCAUCCUUCAGCAGCAAGCCCACAGACGUAGGAGCCACAGGGUUCUCUGGCUCCUCCACUGGGUUUCAAUAUUCAUAUGGAAUUGGAGAUAAAGACUCAUGCCUAUCCAGUCAGAUUAAAGACAAUGAAAAGAUGGACAUCUCCCUAAAAUCAGAGGAUCGCUAUUACCAGAGCGACAGAUCAGAUUCUGAUUAUGAUAAACAGAAGACACCGGACCAUGUAGGAAAACCCUCUCUGGACACAAGCUUUCAGUACACCUCCACAGCAGCUCCUGCCUACUCUUCCUCUUCUGCCUACAGCUACUCCUCCUCCACCUCUGGCUCUCUGUCCACCAGCCGGCAGUUUGGAGAGGACCUGGAGACCCCUGCCACAGCAGAGCCUCUGUUUGAAUACUCUUCCUUUAAAGACGAACCCUCCCCAAGCAUUGACUCACCCUUCUCCAGCUCUGGAGCCACAAAGGAUGAGUAUCUGGAAGUGUCUGAGAAACAGAUGAAUGCCCUAUCCACCACAACCUCCACAACAGAGCCCAACUCUAGCCAAGCUCGCUCGUCACCACUCCCAUUCCAUGAGGUCAAGAGCUUUCCCUCAAUCUCUUCCACUGCCUUUGCUGACGACCACAAGGUGGAGUGUAAGACAGGCUUGGAUGGAUUCACAGAGAAGACGCCUCAGUCUGAGUACUUCUAUAAACCAGGUUGGUCUGAGGACUCCAAGCUGGAGACAGCUAGUGGGUUCGGGGCGUCUGCAGGAGCAUUCGGCCAGCCGCCACCACCCUCCAAAGACACAGAAUCAGCCGCUGCUGCUCUUUUCGGCAUCACCUCCUCACCUCGCCCGGAGACAGCAAGCAAGCAUUACUUUGAGGAGACAGAUAGCAGUGAGGAAGAAGAGGAUGAGGAAGCCUACGUGCGUGAGGUCGCUCAGAAGUCUCCGUGCGUUGACGGCCUUAGCGGUGCCCUCUCGUUCUCUGAAAAAACAAGUGAGCCUUUCCCCACCAUGAGUUCAGGUGCUAAGGUCCCUGAUGUUCUGAGCUCCUACAAACCCUCACCAUUUGAUAUAAGCAAGCCUGACACAGCCAAUGGACCCACAGAGGUCAGCAUGAGCUCUCCUGUCACCCCUGCAGCAGCGGCGUCCGGGGCCACGGCCCCAAGCUCCGCUAGCUACAGGGGUACGUACGAUUGGGAGAUGCCCAAGCCUCAGAUCAGAAUGGUUCCCGGAGAUUCGCCUCCACAUUACCGCCAUGAGGAUGAAUUCGAAGAGGAACGUGAGACGGAACCAGAACGACCCGCCCGUCCUCUCUCCCUCUCCUCUACCGACCAGGCAUUCCGCUCUCCGUUCUACGCUGAGGAGUGUAGCCAGGGCGGGAUGGAAGACGACGACGAGGACAGCGACCAGGACGAGGCCGAGGGUGAGACACAGAUGGGGGCGGCCUCCUCUUACGGCAGCCGCAGCUCCCCAGGCUACUCCGCCUCGGAGCAGAGGCAGCGCAAAGGGGACCUCUCGCCGUCCUUCAUCAACCCCUGCAUGAAGCACAUGUCCAGCGAGGAGGAGGAUGACGAACAGGGAUGCAGGAGUGACCAAUCCCAGGAGGGCAUUGAGCACGAUCUGUCAGUCAAGAGAAGGGCCAACCGACAGUCGUCGCAUCAUCCAUCACAGAGCCAGGAAACUGGCGCUAUUUACCAACCUGGUACCAUGUCCAUGGGACUGGCCCUGGCUACCGAGGACACCCCGCCGACUUCAGUCAGCGAGUCUUUGGCCUCUCAGUCUGACUCAGAUGUCCCUGGCGGCGCUGAAGAAUGCCCUUCACUCCCUGGAGACUGCAACAUGGACUCAGAUGACGAUGCUGUGUACCUGCCUAGGGACAAGGCCACCGCUAUGGCAGGAGGCAGCCAGCGCUCUCCCACCGCUGGCAGCCGUGACCCUCCUCCUACCCCCUUCAUGGACCCUCACCCACGUCCCCCUCACCCUGAUGUCUGCAUGGUGGAUCCAGAUGCUCUGGCCCCCGAAGGCCUCACAAAGAAAGAGGCCAAACCCAAAGGCCUUAAGAAGACCUCUGGCAAGACCAAGUCAGCUUCCCCUGCCAGACGUAAGAAGUCCCCCAUGCCCCUUAAGCAGACCUCGUCCCCUCGCACUUUGUCCCUAAAGAAGAAAGAGGCAGACAAGAGCUCCAGGAUGUCUCGUUUGUCAGACGGACAGGGAUCCAAGGAUGACGACCUCUCCAGGUCAAGCUACAACCCUGGAAAGGCAACCACCAACGGGGUCAAGAGCAGCUCCGGCUCUCUGAAGUCAGGCUCAGCCACCGCCACCACUGGUAUGCCCGUUUAUGUGGAUUUGGCCUACAUUCCCAACCACUGCAGUGCCAAGAACAUCGACCAAGAGUUCUUCAAGCGCGUUCGAUCCUCAUACUACGUUGUCAGUGGCAAUGAUUCAAGCAGUGCAGAGCCUAGCCGAGAUGUCUUGGAUGCGCUGCUCGAUGGGAAGGCCCAGUGGGGAUCAAACCUGCAGGUGACACUGAUCCCAACCCACGACACGGAGGUGACCCGGGAGUGGUACCAGCAGACCCACGAGAGGCAGCAGGAGCUCAACAUCAUGGUGCUGGCCUCCAGCAGCACUGUGGUCAUGCAGGACGAGUCCUUCCCGGCAUGCAAGAUUGAGUUUUAAGACCAUCCAUCUCUCUCUCUCUCUCUCUCUCUCUCUCUCUCUCUGUCUGUCUCUCUCUGUCUCUCUCUCUGUCUCUGUCUCUGUCUCUCUCUCUCUCUCUGUCUCUCUCUCUCUCUGUCUCUCUCUGUCUGUCUCGCUCGAUCUCUGUCUCCGUCUCUCUGUGUCUCUGUCUCUCUCUCUCUCUCUUUGUAUGUCCCUGUCAUACCCCGUUAUACAUAACCUGUCUCUGCUUUGGCAGGUCGGACAACCGGUCUGUCCAGCUCUUACUAAAAUUUGGUUCUUGUUUAUAUUGGUAUCGCUGGGGUGCUUCUAAGACAACGCUGUCGACCACAUCAUUGCAUAUAUUCGUCUUUUUCAUCCUUGUUGUGUGGUAGCAGUUCCCAUGGAAGAAAUCGCUAAACAAUCAUGCUAAUUUGACCCAAGGAUGGAACAUGGAACAAAAAAAAUAUUUUGCCUUAUAUCAUAUAGUGGUUCUGUACUGUUUAUUUGUCUUUCUCACUAAUGAAUCAAAGCACACUUUAUUUUACUAAGUUAAUUUGUAGAAUAAUUAGCAACAAAAUAUAUAAAUCAAAUUAUAUUUAUGCCAUCAGCUAUUAUAAGUUUCUGAUUUAUAUUGGUUUUUGGUACCAUUUACAGAUGUGUCUGUAUGUCAUCUAAAACAAUACUAGUCCAACUGUACUGCUUUGUGCCUACUGUUGUCAUAGUAACAGAUAUUGAUCCAAGUAGACUCCAGCUGUCUUUUUGAUACGUCUUUCAUAGAUAAUUGCAGUAGGUUCUUUCAUGAACUAGAUGGGUCCAUAGUUAUCCGUUUUCUUACAGGUAAAAAUAAAUAUUUAGUAGUCUUGGCUUUGUUAAUGUUGUUUAUGUUGUCUUGGCUUUGUUUUUUUCGAUUGACAUUAGGGUUAACAUAUCCUUGCAGUGGAUGUUUUUGUAGUGAAGGGCAGGAUAUUGAGUAACAACAUGAAAAGAUGUAGGUAACAGGGUCGGCAUUGUUACACUGUAAAAUAUUUAAAACACCACAUUUUAACGUCUCUAUUUAUUGAACAUUUCAAAAGUUUUCUUGAUGAACUCUGCUAUGGUGAGAGUGGGUGACCUUAAUGUGAAAGUUCUGUAAAGGACUGGGGAAGAUUGUAUUUCAUGUGAAGCAAUAGGAACAUGUGGCUCUGACGGGAGUUGGCGGAUAGUUGUGCCUGGUAUAGUUGUGUGCUGUUUGAGGAAUGAGUGACAGAGUUUUGGAUUGGGCAAUGGUUGGAUUCGAUUAGAAAGUCACCCACAUGUGCCUUUCCGCCCUGGUGUAUGGGGUAAGAGAAACACAAUUGGCUAUGGAAUGUCAGAUUUUUGAAAGCCGUCACCACAGUUCAUUGAUUGGCCUGUGUUAAAGGCUUGGUGAGCUGGCCUCUUGUGUCAGUCAGAGUCUGUAGAAAAACUGCUACACAAAAAGUCUCAACUGCUUUGUUUUGCACAUUCUAAUUAUACUUGAUUGCACCUUUUGGCAGAAAAUCAAAAAUUCUAAUUAAAGGGUCUUUCAUUCCUAUCGCGACAAUUUGCAAAGAAGCACAAAUAUAAAAUUAUUUAAAACACAGACCAAUGUGCAAAACUAAGGCAAAUCUGAGGCUGAAAGUAUCAUUGUUCACAUAUGAUCAGUUAUGCUGUUGCUCUAUCCUACAAUUGAAUAACGGAAAACUUAAUCAAAUUGAUGAUUUUUCAUUCUCUUAUCUGUAUGCAUUUGUCUUCAAUGUACUGGAACUCUAAACAGGCCUUUUUAAGAUGGUUAUCUUUGGAAAACAUAGUUAUCACUUGGUGUGUUUUUAUUAACAGGUUACAAUUUUAACACUGUAUUAUGUGUGAUGUCUCCUGAUUUGAUAUUGAUUCUAUUUUAAAGUUUUUGUGGAAGAAAAAUUGAUUUUUAUCAAGCUUCAAUGGCAACUUAAGAGCAAACAAACCUUAAAAACUUAAACCACAAGCCUCGCCUGGAAAUAUUAAAUAAUUCAGUGCAAUUCCUACAACCCGUAUUUGCAAUCCAAAACUCUACCCCGGUGCAUGUCAUCUCUUCCACAUUCAAAGCAAAAGGACACCCAGUUGUAUCAAACAAUAUACUGUAGAACAUCAUGUUCAGACAGAUUUUAAACUGAGGUUCCUUAGGUCAUACCAUGCAAAAACAAGAUGAGGAGGUUCAGUGGCCUCAGUUGAAUGUGUAGAAGCAGAUUACCUUUACAUCCUCCAACCGGAGGACUCUGAUCUCUUGGUUGCCUUGGUUACUGUGCAUCACAUGGUGCAACCCUGAGCACAAGUCCAAUUAUCACCUGCAAAGAAACAUGGCACUGGAGUUUAGGAACACUAUGCUCACUGUAGAAAAUCCACAUUGGGCAUUCUUGUGUCAUUAGUGUGAUGGCUCCUCACACUAUGAGUGCUUUUGAUUCAUUGGUCUUUCAACUCUACAAAUUACAUAACAAACAGCAUCUAUCGGAUGAUUGUAACCUUAAUGUGUGGGUGGUGGCAGCUAAAUAUGGCUGCUGCAUUUAGAGAGAAAUAUAGAUGGUGCACAUUCAUCUCAAUUACACACUUAUUCUAAGCUAAAGGUGACAUAAUCAAUUAUAUUAUAGCGUAGCAUAACCGCACAAACGUACAGACUGCCAGGUGGAGGGACUCGGAUCCCUCCGUCAAUACAUAAUAACCUGCACCAUAUCUAUAACCACACACGGAUUCAUCUGUUUUAGUUUCGGGUUAAAAAAAAAAAAGGAAAAAAAAAAAAAAGCUCAAGAAUAAGCAUUUUUUCUUCUGUCAUAUCAAACGUAUCCAACUCAACCCCACAUCUGGAUCCCGCUGUUAACGCUAGGCCUGUUGGUUAACCGUAAGACCUGCUUGUAUGUGCAUGUGUGAUUUUGGGUUCUUGUAAUAGCUUAAAAGAAAACCGACUUACAUAGAAAAAUUUUAUUAAAAAAAAAAAAUGUAUAUUUAAGAAACUAACUAUGUGGUACUGAGAAGGGCUUCUGUGGCCUGGCUGUGCUGUGGCUUUACACAUAUGCAUUGUGGUCCCUUUACAUCUCUUCCUGUAACAUAGCUUUCCUUUCAUUUCCUGGUUUAAGUGCAAUAUUCUUAUGUAUCUCUUAAAAAAAAGCCUAAAAGAAAAUGAUUAAUUGUAAACAGGAAAAUGUGGUAAACCAAUAAAGUACAUUUAUUAAGGGGAAAUUA